CACGUUCCGAUGCGCUACAAAGUUUUUAAAAGUUUAAAAGAAAAAUACGCGAGAGCGAAAGAGGUAAAUUAAGGACAAGAAGAAUUAAGCGAAAAAAAGAUAAAACAAAACGAAAAAAAAAAAAAAAAAAAAAGAGGAAAAACUAAGAAUCCAACCGGAUCUAAAUCCCCCACGCUCCGAUCCCUCCGCACCGAAAUCCACCAUUUUUUGGACAUGAUCGUCAUAUCCAUCCACACGAGCAACUCCCCCUCCCCCCCCCCCUCUGGACAACCUAUGGCAAACGCAAUUUGAAAAAAAAAAAAUUCACCUUGCAUUUUCCGACCACACACGCACACUCAGUGACACGCUAAAACGAACACCAGAAGUUAAUAACAAAUAAUACUACACGCAGUCUGCUUUCUACAUACAGCUACAACAAUAUUGCAGCCUCCCGAUACCAGUCGUCUCCUUACAGUUUAAAGCGGGGUGCGUUCGUGACAGACGCCAUCUCGGCCCCGAUUAUCUCGUCGAUCGCCUUCCCUCUUUUUUUUUUUUAAUCUGGCGCCUUGACGAUCUGUCGCGAUUCGAUCGAAAUCGCGAUUUUUAUUGUAUCGAACACAAUGAUAAAUACUAGGCACAAGGUGAAGAAAGGCGAUCGAUUCGAAAGAAGGGGAAGCUCGACACGAACGAACGAAGACGACACCGCGUUCAACUCGGGGCCGGUGGCGUCGCAAAACGUCCGAUCGUUUCCCUGCGCGUGCCUACGGGUUGCAUACUCACCCGGGCACUUGUGAACAAUGCAACCGGCAACACAUACAAGCAGCAACAAUAGACAUCUCUCUCUGUCUGAGCAGGGCACGUCGCGAUCGCUCCACGCGGCCUCUCGCUGCGAUCGCCGUGCAUCCAAGUUACAAGUAUACAAGCUACUAAAAAAAAAAUCUAUACAUCUCAUAUUAUAUCCAACAGUGAUCAACGCAAACGCAGAUGCCACGAAGAGCAAUGCAAACAAAAAAAAAAAAUAAAAUAAAAUAAAAUAAAAUAAAAUAAAUAAUAAAUAAAUAAAAAUAAAAAUAAAAUAAGCAAGGAUCGCCCGGAGCCCGCAUCGUCGCGAUGCAAUCACGUUGGUUGAAUCGUUUUUCUCCGAUUCGGCUCGUCUCGUUUUCCACGAUCGCCGGAUUCGAGGAACGAUCGAUGCGCGUUGCUUUAGACGAUCGGGAUCGGGUGAAAGUCCCCUUCAAAUCAAAACCCGCAGUCAGCACAGAAAUAUAAACGAUAAGUGCAGAGGAAACAAACUACUAUAGUAAACAAAAAAAAAAAGGUACAUAUUAUAUAUAUUAUAUAUAUAAAUAUAUAUAUUAUUAAUUAUUAUUAUUAAUUAUUAUUAAACAUACAUAAAAGAAUAUUAUUAACAACACAAAGAAGUACUAUAUUACUACUAUUAUUAAUUAUUAUGAUUCUUAUUAUAAAUUUAAUGAAAACAAUGAUAACAUUCCAACCGUCAAUGUGCCACACGACUUUUUAUAUGCUCUUAAAGAAAAAAAAAAAAAUAAAUAAAUAAAAAAAAAAAAAAUAAAAAAAAAAAAAAAAAAUAUUAGAGGGAACGCGAGAUUUUGCGAUAAUCGUCGUUGGUGAUCAUCGGGAAAGCAGCGCGGAGGGAAACGUUUUUCGUAUCGUUGACUGAGAACCGCGUGUAAAGCGAGGCUGUGAAGAAAGAUCGGGACCCUUCUUCGAGCGUACCCUUCUCGAUUAAAAAAGAAACGAUCGCUACGGAUCAAAGAGAAAAUAAGGAAAGGUGCACACGAGGGGCGAAACAUUGUCGCCAAUUUUCCCCUACGAUUAAAUAAUUAAUGAUAAUCGAGUGCUCUCUACACGGUGAAGCUUCGAAGAUGGCGCAACGCGCCUUCGUCUCGUCGUUUCCCGAAUUUUCGAAAGAGAAAAAAAAAAAAUAAAAAUAAAAAAGAAAAGAAAAAGCAAAAAAAAAAAGAAAGAAAGAAAGAAAGAAAGAAAGAAUUAUCCUCGAGACGAAACGUCGACGCGAAAGCGAGCCGUCUUGCCGUCUAUUUCCGUAUAUUUCCUGGUCGACGACGGGAUCGAUCCUUAAAUAGGGCAUACUUAAUCGUUUCGACGAAUCCCCCCCCCUCCCCCCCGAUUACGACGAUUGUCGUCGUAUAACGAAGCGCUUGUUCCGCCUAGCUCUAUACAAUAUAUAUAUACAUAUACAUAUAUAUGUAUAUAUAUAUAUGUAUAUGUAUAUAUAUAUAUGUAUAUGUGUAUAUAUAUACAUAUAUAUAUAUACACAUGCUAACGACCAGACUCAUUGAUUUAAUUACGCGUAUUAAUUGCUGUUACGUUUGUUCAUUAUUAUUAUUAUUAUUAUUAUUAUUAUUAUUAUUAUUAAUAUUAUUAUGGAUAUUUUUAUUAACAUUGAUACAGUUACAUUAUUAUUUUUUAUUAUCGCUAUUUUUUAGUAAGUAGAGUAUAUACUCUCAGUAUAUUACUAUUAUUACUAUUAUUAUUAUUAUUAUUAUUAUUAUUAUUAUUAUUACUAUUAUUAUUAUUAGAUAUUAAUUAUUGAUAUCGUUGUUAGAAGGCGUCUGUGAAUUCGACGGGCAUGCGUUCGCGAACGAAUAACAGACACGCACGCAUACGUCUAUGUGUUAUACCAUUAUCAUUAUAAAUAUUAUCUUGUAUUAUUAGUACAGUUUAGAAUUACAUUGCAAGAAUAUUAGUUAGUCCGCGAGCCUUUCAAAAAUUUACAUCACUCGUAAAUAUAGGAAUGCAUAUACAUAUUAGCAUGUGUAGGGAUCGUAGGUGGGCGUGUCUGCGUUAACGCGAACAUAAUCGUGCGUUUGUUAAUAGAUUAGUUUAUGUGGUACUUAUCAUUAAUCAUCCUCACCUAUCUCAUUAUCGUUAUCAUCGAAUCAUCUGUAUCGUUAUCAUCGUCCUCCUUACAUAUCGUUUCCCGGAUCAUCGUUACUUUUACUAUUAUUAUUAUUAUUAUUAUUAUUAUUAUUAUUAUUAUUAUUAUUAUUAUUCUCAUCGUCGUCAUUAUUCAUCAUGAUCGUUAUUCGUAUUCGUUAAGAUUAUCGAUUAAUUAUUUCAAUUUAAAAAAAGAAAAAAAAAACACACGAAAAACGAUCAAUUUCUUAAGUAUACGUACGUUCAUCUUUUUCUUUUUUUUUUUUCUUUUUUUAUACAUUGUAACAUGUUUUUUUUUUUUUUAUAUUUUUUAAAUAACGCGAGGCCCACGAGACAAACCCAAGUGCAAUCUUUUAUUUCUUGUUACUUUUGUCGUAGAUUACUUUCCCGUUUCUUAUCCCGACUCCGGCCCGUGAACACCUCCCAUUCGUUGUUAGUUUCUUCUACGAAUCUAAGCUUUUCUUACGUAGCUCUAUCGAGUUUCUUCUCUCCUCGCGCCUCCCCUUCCCCCCUUUCCCUCUUCUUUUCGUUCAAAGUACUUAUAGUUCUCUCGCGAACAGACAGAGGAAACGGUCGAGUAAUACGUUCAUACCUGCAAAAGGGGAAACCUUCAAAUACCACCGAUUUUAUUUCAAGCUUCGUUAUCGAUUGUUCUUAUUUUUCUUCCUUCUUUUUUUGAUCGCUUCAAUCUUCUCCUCUACCACUGUUUCUUUUUUUUUCCCCCCCACAAAUUCCUCGGCGCGCGUCGAUCAAAGUCGAAGAAAAAAAGAAAAAAGAAAAAGGGAAAUAACGUUCGAUCGAUCAUUCUUUCCAGUCGUUUCGAUCAUUCCAUGAUCAUUCCGUAUUUGUUUCUAAAAAAGAUUUUUCUAUCCAGCCUGUGUUUCAACGGGCACAGACGAUCCACUGGAAGAACGAUGGAUGUUCGAACGAUUUUUCGCGAAUGCGCGAUAUAUCUCGCAUACCCGAUUCUUAUCGAGGAUGAACGAAACACGUGAAAAACGCGAUCGAUGCCGUGCGCGCCAUUUCUUUUUUCCCGAAAAUCUCGAUAACUUUCCCUUAUUUUCUCUUUCGUUGGACCGAUAAUGUAAUUAGUGUUAGUGCUUACCAUCGGCAAACAGGGCAUUCACGUCGUAUAUCGAAUCGAGAAGUUGAACACGAGUGACGAGGAGUUUAACGAGUGAGUCGCGUCGAGAGGCGAAGAUUAAAGAUACAUUCCGCGGAAGAUCUUCGUUCCGCAGCUCUUCUCUUUUAUAUAAUAAUAAUAAUAAUAACAAUAAUAAUAAUAAUAUUAAUAAUAAUAAUAAUAAUAUGUCCGAUAUGCGGACGUUCACGCGUCUCUUCGCGCUGCUUUGCCACGUCGAAGGCGCGAGACCAUCGUUUAAACAACUUGUAUAAUCUAAUUUGGGCAUAAAAUCGCGCGAACACCGGCACGCGGUGUUUGCCCGUGCGUCGAAUAGAGAUCAACCUUGUACAUACCGCGUAUAGACAUUAUGCAUCACUUUCUGUAAAACUGACACGUACACACGUACACAUCAAAUCACCACAAUGCUGCGAUUACGACACGAUUACUAACCUUACCGGUACAACACUGUUUUUCCUUCAUCGAGUUUUCAACGACUACGGUGAUGUUUUCUUUAAAAAAAAAAAAAAAAAUUCAUCGAAUCGCGAAACCAGAUCUUUUCAGCCAUAUUCUUUUUCGUCUAAGUUUGCUCGAUACUCGUUCGAUGCGAUAGAUCGAACGAGUAUCGAAUAACGUUUGAGAACGCCCUCUUUCUUCUUUUAGAUGGAAACUCGGGCAAAGAUCGAAGAAGAAGAAAAAGAAAAAAAAAAAGAUAAAUAUAAUUGCAACGGUCCCCUGGUCCCUAAGCACUCGUUGAACACUCGUCUAAUCGCAACAGAGCCAGUCUUAAAUGUCUUGUAAAGUAAAUAAAAAAAAAAAAAGCGGAGCAAAACCGUGGACGCUUUCGCGCAGGCGUAUUUCGGCGUGGCGUAUCUAUCGUUUAAUCUCGCCUGCCGAAAGCUUAUAUUUCUUAGGUAGCCCUUGUGUAUAGAUGACGCUAAGUUUCCAGUGUAUCGAUAUGUACGGUGUAUUUCCGACGCGCAAGUUCGAUCGGUUCGAUCGAUCGACCAUCGACAUUAACCCCCGCAGAACGUAGCCGAUAUUAAGUUUUCAUUUAUAUAUAUAUAUAUAUCUAUCUUUCUCUCUCUCCUUUCUCUCACCUCGCCCCUUUAUAUCGUAAUCGCUCGUAUCAAGUACAAUGCAAGUGUAACAGAUACACAUUCACGGAUAAACUUUUUUGCACGCAGUAAGAAUAUAUAUAUAUAAAAAGAAAAAAAAAAUGAAAUGAUCUUCUUCGUACCUUCUCGCAGUCGGAUCCGAGUCUGAUCGCGAAUCUUCUUAUACAUUCUACUCUUGUAUCCCUGCCCUUGUCCGUUAGCCCUACCUCUCUCCUUAUUUUUCAACUCCUGUUUCGUUGAGCGGCAUAUCUCGUAGAGUUUAAGAGAUCUUUGUACGGGCCGAGGUGUGCCUAUGGUCCGGUAUUAUCCCGCGAUUCUCCGCGAUUCUCUGCGGUUUUGAUCGUUCGAGAAAAAACUCGAGGCGAGUCUCGAAGAAGCGGGCGAUCGAUGCAUUCCCGCGAGUAGCUAGGCGCUACAGUUAGGUAUACGUCGUCGAAAUCUGGACCCCAGGUUGUCCUCGCCUCUUAUAGACGUAACACUUUCGCGUAAGCUCGUAACCAGAAAGAUCAUACAUAAAGAAAUUGACGAUACACGCAUACGAACACACGUAUACACGGAAGAAAAGGUAUACACGAAGUACAUUGAAGUUACGAGAAACGUCUGGCAACACACACGACACACCGAUGCAGUUACGCGUGAAAUAAAACGGAUAUACAUGUAUACACGGGCACAUAAUGUGCAUAUACACUUACAUUCAGACACAUGACACGGAGACAAGUACCCACACAGACGUGCGCGCGCAUAUACGUUUCGUAACGAAGUAUACAGUCUUAGCGCAGUGUUUCAUAUAGUUAGGUAGGAAACGUCGAGAGAAUAUUUUUUAUAUUCCACAUGGAUUUUACAGUUAUAUAUUAUCGUUUCGUAUCGAAAGGGAGGAGUUUAAAAAAGGCGCGUCCAAAGCGUUACAUAGAUUAUAUAUUAUAAAUACGAGACCUCUCGAUAUACGUGUCGCCAUUUAUUGUUUACACCGCGAUGAUUAUAUAUCGAUUAUCGGUCAUUCUUAUAGGCGGUAGGCGCUGUCGUUUAUAUAUAUAUAUAUAUAUACACAUAUAUAUAUACACACAUACAUAAAUAUAUAUAUAUAUGUAUAUAUAUAUAUAUAUAUAUAUAUAUACAUAUAUAUAUAUAUAGAUUAAUAUUAAAGCGGCGCGCAGAGGUCACGCGCGCGUUUACGCGGCGUGUAUAUGCGCCAUUAAUUAAUCUCGUUGACGAUUAUUAAUAAUUGCGAGUCCGCUAGGAGCAAUCGAGCAAACGGCGUCGCGUUCGAUCGUAACUCUGGGGAGGGAGGAGGGCCCUUUGAGUUCGUCCACGGUAACCCUACGUCCACGUGCGAGCGAAACCACCGGCCCUUCAUUCGCUAUACUAGGCAGCCAUUCUCUGUUAAUUUCACUUUUAAAGGUCGAUCGCUCGCGCGAUUUUUCUUUCGUUUCGAACACUUUUCCUUUUCACCCGUUUCGCGAUGCAGGAGAGCUCGUUGGAGGAAUGUAAGCGGGAUCGAUUCAUUCAGACGAUACACACAACAUAACCUGUAUCUUUUACGAUACACACGUACACGUAUACAUAAACGAAUACAUACACAUGCUCGCGACAAAUACACGGUACGGUUUAUUAUUUGUAAAAGAUUCGCGAAACAAUACGUAUAUACACGAAACACAUACUUGUAUCACAAUUGUAAUACAUCGAUAGACCAAUCUUUCAAGAAGUAAGACGCAGUUACGAAUGCGCUUGACCAAUGUAUCGCGUGCGAGAUAUAUCGAUAUGCUUCGAUCGAACGAUGAGAACAGUCGAACGCGAAUUGUAUAGAAAGUUGACGUACGUAAUCGUAGCGCGAUUAGGAUCGUCGCCGGGAGAGAUUAAAGUGUUUUCUUUCUUUUUUUUUUUUAUAAAUUGAAUUUCAAAAUCGUAUAAUUUUUUUUGUUGAUCGAUAGAUUCACGGAAUUAUGUAUACGGGGAAGAGAGAAUAUUCUGAAGUCGAUGGUCCGCGAUCGUCGAUUCGUUCGAGGUAUAAAAAAAAACGAUCGUAUUCACCAGCGAUGACUGCGUGCACCAAUCGUCGGCAAAUUUAUUCGAUAAUUGUUAAAUUAUAAUCGUGGAUCCGUCAGCCAAUUGAAAUUUAUCGGCGAUCGCUCGUCAUAUUUCGAUUUUUUAUUAAACCGAUAACAAAGAACCAACCGUCUGGCACGAGUGAUCGUCGAUAAAGAGAAUUUUACGGUAUUCGGGGGAAGCAAACAUUGAUGCAUGAGUCCUCGAUGGUCUAACGGAAGCGGCUGUAAAUGCGGUUUGAACGGUUGAGAUCGAAGCUUGAUCGAGAGAGAGAGAGAAAAAAAAAAGACAUACUUUGGGCAUUCUUUUGAAUCGCGUUCGAAUGCGAAUUGCGAAUGAAUGAGAGUGGCGAGUGACGAACAGAUCGCAAGUACGUGGUUCGCAACUUUGAAACAUGUGAUACGUCAGUCGGCAGAAUUGACUUCCGGUUAUCGGGAACGAUCGGAAGAAGGGAGAAGAGAUGAUUGCGAAAGGAAAAAGGGGAAACGUAAGCACGAAACGAAACAACGUAAGCAUAUACUGGCAGUGGAUUCGCUGGCUGACGCAUUUUUUAAAGAUUCUUUGAAGUAGGAACGCUCUUUUGUUGAAGGUUGAUUGUUAUCAAAAUGGUUGUGAGGUUAUAAUGUUUGAAAUGUGUUAAUGAUGCGACGCGAAAGUUCGAUCGACCGAUCGACACGACUUCCGGAAACGAAAUCGAUUUGUUCGAUUAAUCGAUUAUCGACUGCGAUCGAAAGAAAUUUUUUUUUUCUUUUUUUCCCCCCCACGUUUCGAGAAGCCGUGUCGAUUGUCUCGCCGAAUAGCAGACGAGGAGACGAGUAGGAAAACGUGCGUUCGCGUUCCAAAUUUUCUUUCGUUUUUUUUUUUUUUCUUUCUCUUUUUUUUCUUUCAUUCGAUUUCAUGAACAUUCCUUUUAAUCGAAUUUUUUUCAACAUUACGUACUAUAGUUAUUUUUGCUAUUUUAGAAUAGAAUGUACGAAUGGUCGAUCGGCCGUAGCAUUUAUUUCUCUAACAUUUAAAUUGAAUUCGAUUGGCGGGAGCGCACGUGUUCCCCCAAUAUUGUGAAAUUCGUCUCCGAGGAAGCGUGCAACUGGCAUUACCCCGCAUAAAGUCUGGUUCGAAUUGUGUGUUCAAUUUACGACAAAUCGUUGAUGUUUUCCCGCGCUGUUUCCUUCCGAUUCGAAUAGGUUUAAAGUAGAAACGGAAGAUCUCGUGUAUUAAGAAGGAGCAUCGACGGGUAUAAGACAUCUUCGAAUUGUGGUACGGAAAAUGAUCAACCAGGCCGAUGGAAAAAUGUGCGACUGAUAUAAACCAGUAUUCGUGCGAGAAAUAAAUUGUAAAAUAAAAUUCGCGUAACCUAGCCUUAAUGAGAAAGAUUAAAAUUAGGUGUAAUAGAGGCGGUGCCGCGAAUGGCGGCCUCGCGUCGAAAUUAUCUCGAUUGGCUGUAAAAUAUUAUCGUGGAAGAUGGGAGCGACGGAUUCGACGUUGGAAACAAACGCAUCCUCGAAUUUCUCGAAAAGAUAAAUCUAUCCGAAAGAAACGUCGUUCGAGCGUCGUUCCCCUUCGCACGGUGAUGUAUCUAGUGAGAGUAAUGUUACUAGGUAACUUAAGCGUAUUUUAAAAAAGAAAAAAAAGAAAAAAAGAGAAAAAAGUAUAACGAAAUGCCAGUUGUAAACAGUUUUUCUUUUUGAAAAGGAAGAAAAAAAGGGAAAAAAAAAAAAGAAAAAAAAGAAAAAAGAAAUACAUGUCGGAAAAAAGUACGGGAAGACAUGUUCGAUAAAAGGGAGAACAUGUCUCGAGCGACGCGUCCAUUCAUUGCCGGGAAACGAAACUGUGCAACGAAUUGGCAACACGAGUAGAAGAAAUAGAAAAUUGAUGGAACAGAAAGAUAUGAAAUUUUCGUUCGAAUUUUCGAGGCGAAAGGAAAGUUUCCGCAAACGGCAAGAGAUCGUAUUUGGUCGCGCGAUGUCGGUACGAUCGGUUUUUCGUUUUUCUUUCUUUUUGAUUAUUUCGGACCGCCCGAAGGGAACGAUCACAAGAGUUCCGCGAAACAUGAAAAUAGAGUGAACUAAGGUGAUAGAGGGUAAUAAGGAUACAAUAUAUAAACGGAAGCGAAAGAAAGAAAGGAUAAUGGCAGAGAAACAAUGUUAAUAAUAUACAUAUAUGUAUGUAUGGGCAACGGAACAUUGUCAUGUGUAUACGCGAAUUUACAAAUUUUUCAAGAAACGACAGCUUUACCGAUAGUUAAACAAUAGAUUUUUCGCAACUUGGGCACACGUAAACAAACACCUUAAACAUGACACACAGUAACACUUACAUACACGCAUUACAUGUAAAGCGAUCCAUGCGAAACAAAAAACAAAAAAAAAAAAAUUGUACGAAUAUAAUGUUUGCAGUUAGGUGGGACCAAAAACAACUUUAUAUCUGUAUGUGCAUAUCCAAGCAACGUGUAAUUUAAUUAAUGAAUUAAUUAAUUAUCCAUUAUUAAUGACUAGGUAAAGAAAAAGAUCCAUUGAUAGCGAUCAAGGACAAUGACGAAUCAUUAACCAAUAAUUAGAUUAUUAAGUUUGUUUAUUGAUGCAUUAUUAUAUAAUAUAAUUAUUAUUAUUAUUAUUAUUUUUAUUAUUAUUAUUAUUAACUUUAUUGUCUUUACGAUUAUUAUUAUUAUUAUCAUUAUUAUUAUUUUAUUUUAUUUUAUUUUAUUCUAUUCUAUUUUAUUUUAUUUUAUUUUAUUUUAUUUUAUUUUAUUUUAUUUUAUUACGAUAAUUAAUGACGACGAUAAUAUUAUUAUUAUUUAAAUGACGUUUUAAGACAUGAUUAUUUAGAUACCGAAUAGAGCAGUACGUAUCAUUAAUUAUUUUUAAUUAUUAUUAUUAUUAUUAUUAUUAUUAUUAUUAUUAUUAUGAAAUAUUUUGUUGUAUUAUUUUCAAUAAAAUCGAUUGAAAAUAUUUAAUUUCCUCGGUUUUAUUUUUUUUUUAUGCUUUUCCAUUUGUUUUAGAUUUCUUUUUUACAAGUGAUUUCUUCUCUCUUUCAAACAUUAUAUAUCUCGGUUUCGAUCAUUUUCUAGGAUGAUAACGAUUAUAAUGUUAUUAAUCGAGGGAUCGUUAAUUAGAAAAGAUAAAUCAAAAUUAGAUUGGAGAAGAAGAGGAAAGAAAGACUUGAAAUCACUUCUCGCUUAAAUCCUACCAAUUUCUUCUUCCGUCCUCCUGUUUGAUUUCUUGUUUCUUCAUUUUUGUUUCUCUUUUCAGUUUCUUUUUAUUUUUUUUCUUUUUUCUUUUCUUUUUUUUUUUGGAUAUAUACAAAUUUCAUUGGCUGCAUCUGUAUACGAUUUUCACUUCACAGAACCCCUCCGAGAGCACCCUCCUCUUACGCUCCUUUCUCUUCUCUCUGUAUCAUCUCUCCUCUCUCCCUCUUACUCUCAUGUAUCUUCGGAUGAUUAUCGAGACUCGGGAAGAACGGGGGAAGACGGAAUUUUGAACGAUUGAAGCAGCGCUAUAUUACUUAGUGUAAAGCUAUAUUAAACUUGAAAAGCAGGAAAGAAGAUAAGGAAGGAGGAACGAUAGAGGCAAAGAUGUAAAAAAGAAAAAAUAAAAAAAAUAAAAAAAAAAAGAAUAAAAAAAAAAGGGAAAUUAUAUUGAUGGAUAUGGUGUAAAGCGGUCGAAACGACGAAAUUCGGGGCAAAAAUGGAAACAAAUGGAAUGUUGUUAGGAUACGAAAAAUGCAGGGAAGAACGCGUGGAAGCAAACAUGGAAAAAAAAAAAAGAAAGAAGAAGUAAAAGAAAACUGAACGAACACGAAUUAAAUUACGGAAAACGACAACAAGAGUAACAAAGAGCCACAACUCAAAUGUGAAAAAAAAAAAAGAAUGAAAGAAGUAGAAGAAGAAGAAAACAGAGAGAGAAACAAAAAGGAUAAUAGUUGUAAAAGCCACACACAUACGCGUACACACAUACACACACAAAUGUACUAAGUAAGUUCAUACUGCGUAUUGCCUUUCUGACUUCGGUGUGAAAAAUAUAUAAAUAAAAAAAAAAAAAUGUCAGUCGUGCCGGGACUCGGGGAUUUUCGAGCGAUCGAAUAUAAUAUAUAAGUAUUUAAGUAGUAGAGAAGUAUCCCGAAAAGUGACGCGCUAUCGGUCGUGUUUUCCGUUUCCCUUGCUUCUCUCUUCGCGUUUUCCUUUUUCUUUUUCUUUUUCUUUUUCUUUUUCUUUUUCUUUGAGGGGGGAGGGAGGGAGAAUAGGAGAGAAGAAGAAGGAACGAACGGGGGAAGAAAAAACGUUGCUCUUUUCUUUUCUUUUCUUUUUUCUUUUUCUUUUUCUCCUUCUUUUUUUUUCUUUUUCUUUUUUUUUUUUUCUCUCUCGCCCAUUCCACUCGGUCUUCCCACCUUUCGAUCUCUUUCUCGAGAAUGGUCGUCGAUCAAACACGGGCGCUAUCCAAUCCGAGAACUAUCGAGCGAAACGAAAGCCGCGACAAAGCGCGUCCGCGAAAGAACAAAAGGAUUUUUUUUUGCACGGUUCCGCAGAAAUAAUAUGUCCCAGAAGCGCCCAAGUCCCCGUGUCCCUCCGCCGGCUGUGUCUGUUUCAUGUUUUUCAAUAUUUGUAAUUUAUCGAUAAAAUUAUAAAAGGUAUCGAUAACAGUCUAAAGUGUGCGCUACUCUACAUAAUAUUAUUAUAUAUAAAGUAUAAAAGUAUACAUUAUAUAUAUAUAUUAUAUAUAUAUACAUAUAUAUUAUAUAUGAGAAGUAUAAUAUAUAUAUAUUAUACACACAUUGGGAUUGGUGAGAAUAUACGGUUUUUUCGCUUUGGAGUGUUAUUUUCUGAAAAUAUUGAACAAAAUAUGGAAAAAAAAAAAUUAAAAAAUAAAAUCAAUGAAUAAAAAACGAACGAACCGUUCUACUGUGACUCUUUUUUAUUACCGACAUACAUUAAUUCCCGAAAUCUUGCCUCCUCGGUUUGAUUCAAUUUUUAAAUUCGAGGCAUCGAUCUCUCUGAACAUUUUUUUCUUUUUUUUCUUUUUUUUUUUUUUUUUCAGUUGCAGACGAUUCGUGUUUGGCAAAAAGAUUGAUAAAAAUAACGAUCUUAAGGAUGAAUUUUAACAAAAAUGAAAACGAUCAAUCACGCGAGGUUUUUAAUUAAAAUAUUAUAUAUUUUAUUCUUCCGCUAUCGAACAUUUACAUUUUAUUUCCAUUAUUUCUUUGUAUUUUUUUUUCUAGUUAGAUAAAAUUUAAUUUCGAUUGUGAAUUCGCGAAAUUUAUAUUGCUUAUAAAAUUGUAGCAAACAGAAUCAGAGUUGACUCAUGAAACCAAUUGCAAUGAAUUUCCGAAAAAGUUUCUGCGAACACUUCCGCGUACGUUCAAAUGCCUGGUCGACACAUCGAUCAAUGUCGAAAACGACAAACCUCGAGAUCUCAUUAGGUUAGAAUGAUAUAAUACCAGCUAAUCGAAAUAUCGAAUUGAAAUAUAUGCAAACUUUUUCUUUUCUACAGAUUGUUAGGUGAAAUCCUCCAGAUUACCGAUUACGCCACGAAUAUGGCGUCCUUUUGGUUUUUGGAUACUUUGGCCCUUUAUAUGCUACGUUAUAAAGAGGAACUCGACGAGUAUUACAUGGCUGUUCUGAUCAGUUGGUUGGCUGGUGAAAUUAAAUUGCUUCGAGAUAAGAAGUAUACAAGGAAAGAAUUUUUUCAAGAGAUGAAGAAUAUUUUUAUCACAGUUGGUAACAAAAUAUCUCAACAGAAUCGAAUACCGUAUUGGGAGGAAAUUGUGUAUGAAAUGAAAGAAGAGAUGGAGGAGAAUGAAUCGAUGAAAAGCUUACAAGACUGCAUUUCGCAAGAGGAAACGAAAUUCUUAAGUAACAUCGAUCCCGUUUUAGUUUUGAAUAUCAUAAUUGAUUCCACUUACGAUAUGUACGCGAACGAAUUGCGAUACGCUCUCGUUUACUCAGUUUUCAUUGAACCAAUUGAAGUGCAGACUUAUACUUUGCCAUUUACUUUCCGACAUCCACGUCUGAUGAAACCGGCUGAGUAUAGGAUAACUCCUUUCAACAUACAAUUGCAAAAACUUCUAAGGAAAAACGACCUGUUACAAAAGCUUAAAAAAGUUGAAAAAAAUAAAAAAGCUAAAGUUCACGAAGUACCUCCAACCCCUCCACCUUCUUUGGACGACGAAAUGCAAUUGAAAUGCAAUCGUUUAUUUAUUCUACCAUUAAUAGAAGCAAACGAGGCAUCGUCCUAUUUUGAAACAAAUACACAUAACGCACAACAUUAAAUGAUCAAAAACAUAAAUUAUUAAAAAAUAUUUUAUUCUCUUCUUUUUUUUUUUUUACAGACUUAACCAGAUUAUUGUUAAAAAUUACAAUAUCAAUUUGUUAUAAGGAUUGUACCCCAUUCACGACACUUGAAAUCUUUAAUAGUUCCGGGAAUCAUAGAGGUAUCGAGUUUGAUAAACUUCAUCGAAUUUGCAAGCUUCUCCGGAGAUUGUCCUAAUUGACCAUACUUGUUACAUCCACAUCCCCAAAAUGUUCCAUCAUCUGAAAGUGAAUUUCAUAUUUAUUUAAACAAUUAAUUACAUUAUUUAAUUGAUAAUUUUGUAACUUAACGACUUGCAGAAUUGAUCCUCUUUUCUUUAUAAUAUUAUUUUUUUUAACGUACUCGUCAUACAAAUCGUAAACGUAUUUCCACAUUGAGCUUUUUCCACAAAAAUUUCUACGCUUUCGUUUUUAUCAUUUGUAAAAUCUAUCAAUGUAGGCACAGCAAUUACUUUGCUCUCUUGAUUAGUCAAUCCCAAUUCUCCGUUCGUAUUCCAUCCCCAAGUAUAGAGGUCACCCUAUAAUUAAAAAUGAUCGUUAAAAAGUAUCUUUAUCGAAUCCACUUAUUUAUUGCAAGAGUAUUCACUUGAUUUGUUACUACAGCACUGUGCCAACCUGCAGCUGAAAUUUGCGUUACUUUGAUCCCAGCUAAAGCUUCAACGAGUUUUGGGUUGUCGCAGUCCUCUAAAUCGUUGUGUCCUAAUUGACCACGCCUGUUUCGUACGAAUCAAUUCAUUUUACUUUGAUUGUAUUAAUUUGUGGAAUAAUGUAGAAUCGAAAUGAUACAUACGUUCCCAUUCCCAUUGAAUAAAGGUCACCAUUCUCUGCUAACAAGAUAGUGUGAUCAAAUCCACAUGCAAUAUCUAUGAAUCGAAUUCUCUUUGGAAUAUCAAUCAGGGUAGGAAUAUUAAAAACUCGACCUAAAUCACAUUUUCAAUGUGUAUACAAAUUUUAUUACUUGUUAUACGUAUUACAAAAUGUACCUAAAUUAGUAAGAACAACAGCGCAUUCUUCUUGUAUUAUUUUAACAGGAUAUUCAUUUUCUGAAUCAUUACUAUUGCAAAUGAAAUUGAUAACUUUUUUCCAUGUUUUUUCAUAGAUUUUAUAUUGCCAUAUUUCAUUAUCAUCAAAUAAAAGUAUUAUUUUAUCUUUGCCAAUUGCAGCUUGAUUUAUACUAUAAAUAAAGAUAGAUAAUAAAGUUCA